AUGUGGGCGCUGGCGCUGGCACCAUCUGGCAAUGGAAGAGCCCGAUGCGGUGUCCGCCUUGGAACGCGGCUUCGGCAGCUUCCGGCCGCGCUCACGCAGUCCCAGGUAUCCCCGGUUGAGUUGCCUCCGGAGUUUUUCAAGGACGCCACGGGCUGGUUGGAUGAGGGACAUGGCUUUGACCAGCAGGGUGAUUUCACAUGCAAUGAUCGGCAGAAACAUGACAUUGUGGGCUUGAUCGGCGUCAAAGAUGGGCACGGGCUUCUGUUGGAAGAGGCUUUUCCAAUUGACCUUUUGCCACUGCCGCGGGAGCGGGUGCUGGGUGCGCGUCGAUCCUGGCGGUCUCGCCAGCUACGCGCAGCCUCAGCCGCGCCGAAGCCCCGCGCUUCGUCGCCUGCGCCGAAGCGACGCUACUUCCGUAGCAGCGUGGCGCCGAAGUUGGAACAGGAAGCUUCAUGGCAGGUGGCAGCCACCGCUGCCGCGCUGGAGAUGGGACGGGAGGAAGUGGCCCGGGACGAUGCUUCCAGAUCCGACCGGUCUCCGCCUGACUUUUUGCCGUUGCUCACUGCAGCUGCGCAGUUGAACGCGGCCUCCUGGGGCGCCAGCUGUCGCUCUGCGCGCUUGAGUGCUUUGCGUCAGAGGUGUCAGACGCCAGGUGACCCAGAAGCAUGGUUGGACUUUGCGGAGUUCCAGUGGUCGCAGCUGGGCGAAGAACUGGAUGCCCCAGCCAAGCAGGUUCGGGAGAAGCAGCGUGCGGUGCUGGAGGCAGCGCUGGCCAAGCAGACGUCGGGACCGCCUGACGUGAGGUUGAUCCGCGCCCUUGCGACGGCCGAAGGGGAUGGCACCGCCAACAUGCCAGUGCAGGAGCUCCUGAGUUGUCGUCGCCAGCGCUUGUUGCAGUGCAGCCAUGCUGAGGUUGCUGAAGAGUUGGUGUGGGGGUUCUUGGAGGUAUGCACCUUGGGUGGGGCUGGCCACAAGGAUGGGUCCUUGCUGGAGGGCGCGCCGCUGCUGAAAGGUGUUCCAGCUCCGGAGUCGGAGCCAGCGCCAAUCGAGAGCUUGAGGCGAGCCGUGACCGAAACCUUAGCCUUCUUGGCUGUGCGGAAGGUGGCCGCGGGUCACGACGGUCAAGCCGUCGCGGCACUGGAACGCGCGGAGCUGGCGUGCAUUUCCAGUCUGUCCAUGGCAGAAGCGGCUUCUGGGAGGAGUGGCAAGGCACUGGAGCUGGUGCGUGGCCUAGCCACCUGGAACAUCUUCGGCCAAGGCGAUCCGACCUUUUUUGCCUCGGUCUGGAAAGCGCACUGUCGCUUGGGCGCCCGGGGUGCCUUACGCGCGCUGCAGCAGAUGGGUUUUGUUCAGAUGCAGUUGCCGGAAUCCUUGCAGCCGCUGGCGCAAAGCUUGGAUGCCCUGGAGGACCCUUGCGAUGCCUUCGAAAAACCUCCCGCCGGACACUUAUGUGCUUUGCUGCGCGCUGGCGGUGGUCGUGUUCGAAACUGGUGCGCUGAUGAACUUCAACGGUCCAUGGGUUUGAAUCAGCUGGGUGACCCGGAACCACAGAUGACCUUUGAGGAGUUGCAGCCCUUCCUGUUGAGUUUCCGCACGGAGGAGGCGCGAAAGGAGUCCGUCCUGAGGUUCUUGGACCUGCUGGGCGCUCCAACCCUUUGUCGACACGCCCCGGCUUCGCGAUAUCGCCAGAGUUUCAUGGAGGCAUUUGCUCCCUUGUCCUUACGCUUCAGUGAAGAGACACGCAUCCCGCCUUACGGGAUGCUUCCCGCGUGUUCGCACCGCGAGGCCAUGAAGACCCACACCGCGCUGCAGAGCUUAGCGCUGUGGCCGCGAGAUGCGCUACUACACGAGGUUUUGGUGGAAUCCUUGCGGAAGUUGUCCUCACACGAAGCCUUCAAUGGUCAGGCAGCCAAGUUACCGCGCCGCGUGCUGCGCGCUUCAGAGGAUCCAAGGUUGUACUUCAUCUACGCCCAUGGUCUUUGGCAAUCAGGAGCCUCGUCUCGUGAGGAGACUCGUUUGGUGCUUUUGAAGUUGUGUGCUGGGGCGGCAGAUGCCAGGAUUGCCAUGGCUUGGUGGUACCUGGAACUCACUGCUGCAGACGCGGACGCAGGACAGCUCUCGUCAUGUAACGUCGCACGUGCGCAGCGCUUGGUGUUGGCGCUGGCCUUUGGAUGCUUUGAUGAAGGAGUUCUCUCGGACACACCCUUGAACUCACGAGAAACAGGUCUCAGCCGUUUGCAGGCGCUGACUCGACUCCAGCAGCGGCUGCCCGGAAGCUGCCAGACGGAUGGCAGUAGCCGAUUCCUGCUUUCUUCAUACCAAGCGCUGGUCCUUGCAAUGUGUGCCUUGCAUGCGCAAACCUCGGCGCGGAAAGCUCUGGAUUUUUUCCUCAAAGAGGUGCCGCCCGCAGAUGUGGUGAGCCGGACCAUGGCCAUGAGCAAAGAUUCAGGCCCGCUGCGGCCCACCGCCGCCAGCCGCGCCACGUUGACGGAGAGCACGGGCUGGGCCAGAGCGGCGGAGCAGAUGCUGGUGAUGCUCACCAUGGCUCAAGCACCGGUUAAGAUUCGCCUGGAAGCCAUCCGGUUAUGUUUGCGCCUGGAGCCUGGGAGUCCCUUCGCCUUGCGUCAUUUGACCAAGUUGCGACUCCGACAGGGCUUGGUCAACACCUUGCGCAGGGAGUUAGACGAAGUCUUAGGGCUGCACCGUCCCACCCCUUUGGGCGCCAGUGGUGCGCAGUGGUUAGAGUCGUUCCGCGCUUGUCUACACACCGAGCUGCUUUUGGACGCGCCCCGCAGUGGCCACUCCAGCAGCAACGCCAGCAGCCAGCGACGCAGCGCCUUAUGCGAGCGCGCCAUGCUUCUAGCAUCACCGGCGGCCACCGGAAAUCUUUGGUGCCUCUACGGUCUGAUGCUCUUGGUGAAGCUACAGAGGGAUGGCCGAGGCGCCGCCGAGUUAUGGCGCGCCGGGGUGCGCGCCACCAGCCGCGUGCCGCUGCAGAAGGUCGGCUGGCUGUUGAACUUGGCCGCCUGCGAGGCGCGAGCCAUUCCCGGAGAAGCACCGGAAGAGGAGGUCAUCGAUUUGGUCGAGGCCGUCGAAUCCAAAGGGAUCUUCCUCCACAGCGACCCGCUGGAGGCCAUCGCCUGUGACUUGGAGCAACGAGCAGAGCUGGUGGAACGACUCAUCCUGGUGAAAUAUGCUGAUCGCUGGGUGGAGCAAGGCUUGCCAGUCAAGCGCAUUGGGGGCAUCAAGGCGGCCACGAGGUCGCAGUAUGUCGCAGUUCGCUGUGACGAGAUGCCACGCAGCAGCAGCUCAGCGAUGCCAGACCCCACGGCAGAGACCGUGCCGCGCUUAAGGGCCAAAGUGCAUCGAAGGUUGUCCCCAGAGCAGUUGCAGCGUCUUUCGGUCAGCGAUUUGUGCUACCGGCCCCUGCAGAGCUCGGAUAUGGACGAGAUGAUCGCCCUCCACCAGGAAUGGUUUCCAGUCUCCUAUGACAAGGACUUCUACAACAUGUCAGUGUCAGGAUCCCUCUAUUCCUUGGUGGCGGUUGUGCCUCCUGAAAACGCUGACUCCACCGAAGAAGAGAACAUCUUGGGCCUCUUGCCAGUCCAAGCAGUUGCUGAGCCAGCUGCCCAGCAGCCAGUCACUCAGCCUGAGGGAGCGCAGCCAGACCAGCAAGUGCAGGCAGCUCAGCAAGCAGCCUUGGCAGCCCUGGCAGCAGAGGCAGCAGCUUGGCAGCAGACAGACAGUUGA